CACAAUAAUUGGAAUGCAUGUGUACUUUAAAAUAUAAAAGCAACUUAAAGAAAGUUAACACUUGAUUUGAAAAUGCAUAGCCAAGGAGCUAUCAUAAUAAGCUCAUUUAAUUAAGUAUUAAUUGCAAAUACAUUUGAUUUAGAAGAGAAAGGUAUAUAUUGUAUAAAUUUUAGGGGUGAUUUAAAUUGAAAGAGUGAGUUAAUUCAAAAUAAAAAUUGGAAGAAAUUAAUAUGAGGAGAAAAAUGACUCUUGAAAAUUUUAAAUAACAAUCUAAAGGAAUUUUUAAUUCAAAAAAAUUAGGAUGACAUCUAAAAGGCGAAAUUAUUUUUUCUAUUUUUAAUAUUUAAACUGAGAAUAUUUUUUCAUUAGCACCAUUAAAAAUAAUUAAGAAUUUAAAUAAUUAUUUGAGUAUAAGUAAAACUGUAAAAUAUUAAAGACAGAUGCAAGAUGAUAUUUAUGCAAUAAUCAGAAUCUAAAACUCGAAAUAUGAACAAAUUUUGUUUAAGAGGUC